CACCAAGAUGGGGACAUAUUAAUAGGCCCCCUCUACUUCCUGAGUCGCUCACUGUUCACCACAGCCGUCUCAGGAUGUCCAAGUUGGUGCUGCUGGUCCUGACGCUGUCAGGCCUCAUAGCCGCCUCACUGGCAGCUCCCACAGGCUUGAACAAGUCACCUCCAGUCAACCAGCUUGUUGAUGUCCAGGCCGACGUGGCGAAGGAACACGACAAUGAGGUGUACAUUUCCAACAGUGGAUUUGGAGAGAUGGACAGAAGACACUGGUUGAUAGAUGACAUCUCUGUGGAUGUUCCAGCCCAGAGGAAUGGGGAUGGUGGUUGGGUCCGUGUGGAGGAACCUUCUACUCCUGAGCUCCCAGAUGGUUUCAGACAGGGAACCGAACCCAUGUUGUCGAUACCAGAUGGUUUCAAGCAGGGAACCGAGCCCAUGGUGUCCAACCCAGAGGGCUUUAGACAGGGAACCGAACCCAUGAUUUCCAUCCCUAAUGGUUUCAGACAGGGAACCGAACCCAUGUUGUCGAUACCAGAUGGUUUCAGGCAGGGAACUGAACCUGUGAUGUCGAUCCCAGAUGGUUUCAAGCAGGGAACUGAACCCUCUCUUAACAUCCCAGAGGGCUUUAGACAGGGAACCGAACCCAUGUUGUCGAUCCCAGAUGGUUUCAGACAGGGAACCGAACCCAUGUUGUCGAUCCCAGAUGGUUUCAGACAGGGAACCGAACCCAUGUUGUCGAUCCCAGAUGGUUUCAAGCAGGGAACUGAACCCUCUCUUAACAUCCCAGAGGGCUUUAGACAGGGAACCGAACCCUUAAUUUCCAUCCCAGAUGGUUUCAGACAGGGAACCGAGCCCAUGGUGUCCAACCCAGAUGGUUUUAGACAGGGAACCGAACCCAUCAUGUCAAACCUUGAUGGUUUCAGACAGGGAACCGAACCCUCUCUUAACAUCCCAGAGGGCUUUAGACAGGGAACCGAACCCAUGAUUUCCAUCCCAGAUGGUUUCAGACAGGGAACCGAACCCAUGUUGUUGAUCCCAGAUGGUUUCAGGCAGGGAACCGAACCCAUGUUGUUGAUCCCAGAUGGUUUCAGGCAGGGAACCGAACCCAUCAUGUCAAACUCAGAUGGUUUCAGGCAGGGAACCGAACCCAUCAUGUCAAACUCAGAUGGUUUCAGGCAGGGAACUGAACCCUCUUUUAACAUCCCAGAGGGCUUUAGACAGGGAACCGAACCCUUAAUUUCCAUCCCAGAGGGUUUCAGACAGGGAACUGAACCUGUGAUGUCGAACCCAGAUGGUUUUAGACAGGGAACCGAACCCAUCAUGUCAAACCCAGAUGGUUUUAGACAGGGAACCGAACCUUCUCUUAACAUCCCAGAGGACUUCAGACAGGGAACCUUCAAGUCUAUUCCAGAUGGUUUCAGUCAGGGAACUGAACCUAUUCUUAAAAUACUACAUGGAUUUAGACAGGGAACCGAACCCUCCACUGGCAGCAUCCACACCCAGACAGAGACAUGUUUAGGAGAGGUCAUCAACGGGAACUGCUACGAGUUCAACCCCGUACCUCUGGCCUUCCAGGACGCUCAGGACCUUUGCAGAGCUAGCGCCAAAAACGCUGAGCUUGCGUCUGUAACCAACAGCGACCUGCAAUCCCGCCUGGUUUCCCUGGUGACCAGGGGUGGCGAGAGAAAUCCUGUGUUGACGUGGCUGGGAGCCACGGUCAAGAACCAGCAGGGGUCGUGGGUCGACGGUUCAGAGUGGACGUACAGCGACUGGAUGCCGGGUCACCCUAACAUUCAUACCACCAAACCUGUCUGUGUGGAGAUGUUCAGGAUAGAUCAGAGCUGGUGGACGGCCGCCGACUGCGACCUGAAGAGAGCGUCCAUCUGCUCGUACCCGAUCGCUGCAUGAAAACCACAGAGAAACAUGAGAGAAACAUUAUCGACGACCUCUCCUUGAAUAAAACUUGGCAAACACCA